UUUCUUUCUCCUAGUUUCCUAUUUGAUGGCCUUCACGACAGUGCACGCAACAAUGUUCCUGUGAAUUUUUCGAAACGUGCGAGGAAAAUAAACUAACGAGCAAACCCGACGGUGACACAUACCUCUGUUUAAUUCGUUUUCGUGAACCAUUUCCGAUGUUGUAGAUUUGCUUUUUAUUGACUCUUCUUUUCUUUCUUUCUUUCUUUCUUUUUUCAUUUCUUUUUUUCAUUUUUUCUCCUUUCUUCCUCACACCGGACCGACAAUGACGACAUUUAUUCCUGUGAAACAUCCACCUAUUAGUUAUUAAACACGGAUAUAAAUACCUGUUAUUUGUUAGAACGAAACGUACGAAUAAAAAAGAAAGAAAAAGAAAGAAGAAACGAAAGAAAAACAGAAGAAAAAAACAACAAAGUGUUCGCAAGAUAUCCAAUUGAAAGCCAGGAAUCAUAGUUUUUAUCUAAAAAAGAAAUUUAUAUAUAUAUAUAUAUAUAUAUACAUGAAAAUCGCGGAUGCCGAGUGCCGAUCGUUUACCCAAAGGAUGAUAAAGAAAGAUUUUCCUUCUUUCGUUAUUUUUCGUUUCUUUAUAAAUUCAACUAUGAAGCCGAAGAGUUUGUUAAGGAACAACGGUGGAUUUGGCGUUUCGUUUUCCGAAGUGUGUCAAGCACCGACGGCUUGAUAAAAGUGCUCGCCACUUUUGAGAAGUCGGUGGUGUGCUGAAAUCGCUUUGCGACAAGGGAGACUAAUUGGUCCUCGCCUGUUCUGAGGCGCCAAUGAGAAGCCUGCUCUUAUUCAAGCAAAUAGUCCAACUUCAGAUCUCACCCUAGAUCUCAGCAAUUCUCGGCAUCAUUAUCAUUAUCAUCAUCGUCAUCACCAUCACCAUCAUCAUCGACGUAACGACAGCCAGAACCAAAACCACAACAACAAUAACAGUAUUAUCAAUAACAACAAUAAAAAUAACAACAAUAACAACGACUCGAUAAGCCUUGUGACGAGCGAACCUCAGGAAGUCGUGAUGAAGGAGAAAAGUAAGACAGCGGCCCGAUGGCGCCGGGAAAAGGAAAAUAAGGAAUAUCUUGAACUUGGAAAACUGCUGCCACUUCCGUCGACGAUCACCUCACAAUUGGACAAAGCCAGUAUUAUCAGGCUAACCACUAGCAACCUCAAGAUGAGAGCACUAUUUCCUCACGGGUUGGGGGAUGACUGGGGUACUAGACCACCUCCUAGUAGUCCUUUAGAAGCAGGUAUUAAAGAAUUAGGAUCACUUUUUUUGAAAACUCUGGACGGUUUCGUAUUUGUCGUGACACCCGAUGGAAAAAUCGUCUACGUUAGUGAAACGGCCAGUGUACAUCUAGGAAUGUCUCAGGUUGAAUUAACAGGUAACAAUAUAUAUGAAUACAUUUGUCAGUACGAUCACGAAGAGAUGUUUUCGGUAUUGAAUCUCCCACAAAAUCCGGCGGAUCUCACCGACUUUAUGUUUCCACCGCCGAACUCACGUGGUGAAAUCGACCUAGAACGUGUCUUCUUCCUGAGAAUGAAGUGUAUCUUAGCGAAGAGAAGCGCGGGUCUUGUCACGGAAGGAUACAAGGUUAUUCACUGUUCGGGUUACCUCAAAUGCAUCAUUGAAAGUUCAACCAGCUCGGAAUACGAAGAUGGUGCUGCUGGUAGAUGUAUCAGGAAUAUUUGUCUCCUAGCCGUCGGCCAUUCCUUUCCAACCUCCGCCAUUACAGAAAUCAAACUUUACAACAAUAUGUUCAUGUUCAGGGCGUCCCUCGAUCUCAAGAUGAUAUUCAUCGACUCGAACGCAACGAAUUUAACAGGCUACCAACCACAGGAUCUCAUCGAGAAAACUCUCUACCAUUACGUACAUGGAAGCGACGCGUUACAUCUGAAACAAGCACAUCGAGUUCUACUACGAAAGGGUCAAGUGACAACAAAGUACUACAGAUUUCUAACGAAAUUGGGCGGUUGGGUGUGGAUGCAAUCGUAUGCCACGGUCGUUCAUAAUACAAGAAGCUCAAGGCCUCAUUGCAUCGUCUCAGUGAAUUAUAUUUUAACAGAGAUUGAAAACAUGGGACUGGUGUUGAAUUGCGUCGAGGGACCUUGUUCCACGAGUCCUAGUAAUCCAUCUAGCACGGCCUUAACAACACCAACGACAAGUGCCAAUACGAACAAAUUGGAAAAUCACAGUCCAAGUUCGCCGUCCUUUCGUGGAAGAGUCAAAGAAUCACCAGAUACGGAUUAUACAGACAGUUCCGGUUAUUCUGGUACAGAAUUCAUAGCCUGUUCUACGAAUUAUAGUCAUUUUCUUUCGUCCCCUUAUGCCGUUAACGGACCGAUGCUCGAAGAUGGCACUUAUUACAAUACUGAAGUUUUUCACUUGUACGGAGAUAUAAGUCACGAUCCACUUACCACGGUACCACCACCGCCACAACAACAACAACAACAACAGCAACAACAACAACAACAACAACAACAGCCACAAGAAACACAUCAUCAUCAAAUACAAAGUAAUCAACAGAGGAGGCCAUAUUCUACGUCAUCCAGUUCUUGCGGUAGCACCGAUGCUAUGGAUAACCAUUUACCUAGUCCAAUCGGUUUACAUUCUAUUCCGUCAGGAUAUCAUCCACCUCCUCCUGCACCUCAUCCGCCUCAUCAUCAUCCUCAUCAUCAUCAUCAUCAUCACCACCACCACCAUCACAAUCAGCAUCAGCUUGCAGACUCGACCUCGUCGAGCAUCACAGAAACAGGUGGCAGUGUCAUCAUGUAUUCCGAUUGUGGCUUUGAUAACAACGACGUUUACAGUGGUGUACCAACGACAACGCCAACGACCCUUCAACAUCACGAUGCCUCUUAUCAGGCACAAAGAAAUACAAACGGAACUGCCGGGAACAAUGUUAAACAACAGCCCCAACAUCAUCACCAUAUCGAACAAUCAACCGCUGGUUAUACAAGCGUUAUCGUCGACUCUCAACAAUAUAGUCCAAAUGCUACGCAAGAUCUUCACCCCCAUGCUGGUCAUCAUCAAGUUGUCACGUCGAGUGGUACCACGUCUCCUCUAGUAACGCAUCAUCAGCAUUAUUACGAAACGCAUCACCAAUUCGUUCACUGACACCAAACGAUGAUGCGAGUGAUGCUUGUCGUCGAGACAUCAACAAGUUUACGAAUUCAAUGAUUCUAGGACCCAAUGAUUAUCCUGCAAUUUUAUUGAGAUUUAAUCGGGCUCCUUUAAAGUAUAAUGAAUGAAAAGAUUGAAUAGAAAAAUAAUAAUAAUAGUAGUAAUAAUAAUAAUAAUAAUAAUAAUAAUAAUAAUAAUAAUAAUAAUAAUAAUAAUGAUUAAAAUAAUUAAAAAAAAUAAUAAUAAAGGAAAAACACUGACACAGAUACACACACAUAUUCACACACACGCACACACAAUAAUAAUAAUAAUAAUAAUAAUAAUAAUAAUAAUAAUAAUAAUAAUAAUAAUAAUAAUAAUAAUAACAAUAAUAAUAACAAUAAUAAUAAUAAUAACAACAAAAACAAUAAUAAUAAUAAUAAUGGAAACGAAAGUUUCGAAAGAAGACAUCACUAGAUUCGGUUUCGAUCGAUGCGUCAAUUCGAAAGACUGUCAAGUAAUGUAAAUUUUCUCCAAAUGCACGAUCAUUUAUAUCAACAUAUCAAAUGAGAUCGAUCGUCUUGACGAAUUCUUUGUUUUCUUCUCAUUCUAUGAUAAAUUGCCCUGCGUUACAAUUUAUUCCCAUCUUUUUAGUGAGAUAACAACAACAACAACAAAAAUAGAAAGAAAAAAAAAGAAAAAAAAAAGAAAACGAGACAUACUUCACUAAUACGUGUUAGAAAUUCUCUUUCCAAUUACAAAAAUCUCUUAUAUCGUCGAUAGAAUAAUUUUAUGUAAUUAAGUUAAUAAUAUCUUUCCCUUUGUAUCCUCUCGAUCAAUCGUCUACAUACAUACAACAUACAUACAUACAUACAUACAUGCUUACAUACAUGCAUACAUACAUACACACACACAUAUAUAUAUAUAUAUAUACAUCCACACAAACGUACAUACUUUUUCUUCUAUAUAAUUUAAACGUAAUAUCGAUCUCAAGGAUUAUAUUGAGAAUAAAAAUUCAACCAAGGUUUUGUAAGAAAAAGAUUUUGGAAAAAAGAAAAAGUAAAAAAAAAAAACUGGAGAAAAGUGAAAAGAAAAAAAUAAGAAGAAGAAAAAGAGGAUUAAAUGAAAAAAAAAAGAAACAAUGAUAUGCUUAAGUCACGCUGGACGUGAGCAGUAUGUAUUUUCCCUCAUGGUGGUACAUUAAAUGAAUAAUAUAAUGAAGAUGAUAUCGAGUUGAACAAGGGAUCGAUAGUAUCCAACAUCGAGCAAAACGGACAUGACGUUGCGCAUUGCUCGUUUUCAUCGUCGUUGUAAAUGUAAAUAUAAAGUAAUCGGUCCCAAAUCGUAGUAACGUGUACAUAGCAUUUAAACUAUGUUAAUAAUUGAUUGAUUGAUUGAUUAAUUGAUUGAUUGAUUUAUUGAUUGAUUGAUUGAUUGAUUGAUCGCUAACGGAACUAUCGAAUUUGCUAAAAUCAGAUGUAAAUAGUUAUUUCUUACAUAGAUCCGAAGACUGACCGGUGCUUGUGCCAACCGACCAAAGAGAUAUGCCCUUCUUAAUAAAAAAAAAAGAAAGAAAAAAAAGAGAGAGAGAGGGAGAGAGAGAGAGAGAGAGAGAGAGGGAGAAAGAAA